UAUGGAUCCGGAGAAGGUGUGUACUAGAUUUUAGAUCAGUGCAUUUUAUCAAAGUGAGGAAAAUCAUGGCGGUUACGAAUAAAUUGGCCCUGUUGGUGGGAUGCAACUACACCAACAACCACAAGGUACCGGUAGAAAACAAGCUGCAUGGGUGCAUUAACGACGUGAAUGCCGUGCAGGCCCUGAUCCGUCAACGCUUCGGCUUUCAGGACAAGAACAUUACGAUCUUGACCGAAGAGACGGAGAUGAAGCCCACGUCUUAUAAUAUUAUGUAUCAGCUUAAAAGCUUGAUCGAUGCAGCUAAGCCGGGAGACACAUUGUUAUUCUACUUCAGUGGGGGUGGGGCGGUGGUUAAACACACGGUUAAGAAUAAGAUCACAGACAUUCCAGCGAUCGUUCCUUCCGAUCUCCAUCCCAUUACAGUUGAUUUCAUCCUGCCUAAACUCAAUCUGUUGCCGGACGGGGCAUUCUUCACCUUCAUAUGCGACUCGUCAUACAGCGGCGGCCUCUUCCACAAUGAAGUUCAGAUUGAAUCCAAUGUCCGUGAUCCCGGGUCCAACUUCCGCCGGAAAACCAUUCCCUCUAAUUUACUUCAGUCUCACAAUGUUUUUGAGAACUUGGCAGCAGGCAUCUCACUCAACAAUAAGUUCCUGUUCAGCAGCUCGAAGGCGAACGAGGAAUCGGUGGAAGUGUAUCCAAACGGCGAUGAGUCAAAGGCAAUCAGCGCAUUCAGCAAUGCGAUCCAGACAUUGUUGAACUCGCCCCAAGCAGUGAAUCCGUCCGUAGCAGGGAAUCAUCUCAAUGCGCUGUACAACAUUUGGGAGGUAGCUGCAUAUACUAAGGCAGUGUUGGGCAUUCUAGGGUUCGAUCAACACCCGUACGUCAACUACGGUGACAAUACUGCGGCUGCAUCUUUCCUGGGCGGCUAUGUGGCCUAGUGGGUGAUCUGCACGUUGUCUAUCUAUUGUAUGGAAUAAAGAUAAUUGUGUGUGAAGGUUUGCAUAUUAGUUUUCUACCUAGGUUCUCCAAGCGUGUAGCGGGUACUACUCUGCACGUUAUCUAGCUGUUGUGUGGAAUAAAGAGAACUCGCAUUUGAAGGUUUGUAU